CCUCAGAGGAAAGAAGCAGACAAACACCGAAGAGGAGAGACAGCUGCUUGUGAUUGGCAAUUUAAGAAGGUUUAAGACUGAUAAUAAAAGUCAGCAUGAAAAAGACUUUGUUUGUGAUCUUCCUGCUCACAGGUUUUUGUGUCACCUCUGUUUCCUCUGCUUGGUAUUGGUACUCAAUAAAAAAAAAUAUGACUUUUGAAAAUGCAUACAAUCACUGCCUGACCGAUUACGGUGCAUUUCUCACAAUGCAAACCAGCAGCACAAACAAUUACCUGUCAAAUUUUGCCAAAUAUUUCACUGACAAGGUAUGGGUAGGAUUACUUGCACGUACUCUGCCGUGGACUGGGAUGGACGGACAACCAGCCGAAUACUUCAACUGGAAAUUCGACGAGCCAAACGGGGGGAUUGAUGAGCUGUGUGCCACGAUGGCGUAUGAUGGAGAAUGGCAGGAUCUCACCUGCUCAUCGCAUAGACAGUCAGUCUGCUCUGAUGGAAGCCAUUACUACAUUACAGAGACUGAAAUGACUUGGAUGGACGCUGUGGCCAACUGUGAGGCCAAAAAUUCAUCUCUGGUCCAAAUCCAGAACAGCACCAUGAAUAAUGAGAUCAUGAAUCUGCUGUCCAGUGCAACAGAGGUGUGGAUCGGCUUGAACACUUCUGUAGACUGGUACUGGGCAGACACUGGAAAAUCUGCCACAUUCCUAAACUGGCAAGAGGGACAACCUGACAACCUGAGUGGAAAUGAAAGUUGUGCAGCCAUGGAGACGGAGAAUGGGACCUGGACAGAUGAGCAGUGUGACGAGUUGUACUAUUUCUUCUGCAAAGAACAAGUUACAGGGGGAGUAGGUAGCACAGCAGUCGAGACCAAAGUCCAGAAGUCAAAGCAAACUGUGGUGAAGCUGAAGAUCCAGACCAGAGUGAACAUGGAGGAUCCAGCAGCCAGUGCCAUCCUGGAGGAGCAGCUGCGUGCUAUGCUUGCUAAGCAGGGUGUGACUGACUUCCGACUGACCUGGAAGAAGCUGCCGGAGAAGGAGACACAAGAAACAAAAGUGAAUUUUCAAAUGGCUACCAUACUGCAUCUUAUUCUACUCAUCUCUGGAUUUCGCCUUGUCACCUGCUGUAACGUCACUCGGAAUUACUACUAUAUCAACUUGAAAAUGAACUGGACCGAUGCACAGCAUUACUGCAGAACAAAAUACACUGAUCUGGCAGUCAUUGACAACAUGGAUGAUGUAGAAAGAUUAAUCAGACCUACUGCAGACAACUCGCUGGCGUGGAUUGGACUGUAUGAUAAUCCACAAUCCUGGAAGGGAAUUAUAAACAAUGAACCAAACUCAUGGAAAUGGUCAACGUUGGGUGAAUCAAGCACACUUAGUUACCAAAACUGGGCUGCAGGUAAGCCAAAUUAUUUCGGCGGAAUUGACACCUGUGUGAAAAUGGAAACAAGUGGAAAAUGGAAUGAUGAAACAUGUAGCUUAAAAUUAUAUAUUGUUUGCUACCAAGAAACAAAUUCUACUGGCCAGAAAAAUUAUACUCUACUAAAGAUCGCAUUAACAUGGGAGGACGCCCAGACUCACUGCAGAGAACACUACACAGAUCUGGCUGUGAUUGGAAAUGAGCAGGAAAACUCACAGGUGCAGUCAGUGAAGGGUAUCAAUGUCGUGUGGAUUGGCUUGAAUCGAAUCCCAUGGAUUUGGUCUGACAAGAGCAACAGCUCCUUCAGAAACUGGUAUUUUACGCAGCCAAAUAACUUCCAUGGCGAUGAGUACUGUGUCGUGGAAACUAAAAGUCACUUUUGGCAUGAUGACAGCUGUGGCACUGAGCGUCCCUUCUGGUGCUAUGAAGCACAUUUGGUGCAUCAUCCAGCUAUAAAAGUGAAGAGAGUGGUGGGCAUGACAUUUCAGUCUCAUGCUGACCUUUCAGAUUCAGCUCUCAAUGCCCAGCUCCUCCAGCAGAUCAGUGAAUUUCUGGGGAAGGAGGGAUGGACCAAUGUGACGCUGCAAUGGAAGAUUCCACCCAGAAUUAACAACAAGCGUCAUGUGAUAAGUCCUUGAUUCAUAGUGUGAUAAUCUAGUGAAAUAUGUUAGAGAUUUGAAAAUCAUAUGGCCUUACGCUUCCUCUGUGCAGAAACCGGGAGGAUGCAGCCUGCUAGCUUCAUAUUUCAAGUUGCAUUUGCAUAGGUGAAAAUUUGCAUUGCUGAAACUGAUAAAUAUGUCCAAUAUGUUCAGUUUUUUUCUCUUAUUCAUGUCUAUUAUAAUCCUUUUGCUUGUGUUAAUCAAAUGAUGUUAAAAUGAUUUGUUCACAUCACUAUUAUCAAAGAAUAUAUAUAUUUUUUUUAACUUUUGGUCUUUAUUUUGGAACAGAAAUGGCUGUUUAGAUGUUUUAUUCCUUAUGUUGCAUAGAGCACAUUUAUUGUUUAGACCUAGAAGUAUCAAUGUAAUAAUGAAGACAAUAUAGCAGAUCAUUACAAAUGUAAUAUGUUAUUUCUGUUACUUAAACCUUUUUAAAGGUUAAUUCCUGUAAAUAUU